CCUCCUCGGGGGCGCGCGGCCGGGCCGCCGUCCUCCUCCCCCUUCCCAACCCCCGCACCCGUCCGCUCCGGGAGCCUGGCGGUGGGGGGGGGAGCGCGGGCGGGGGGAGCUGGAGCCGGGCGCCGCCGCCGCCGCCGCCGAGGCUUCCGUCUCGCUCGCUCGCGCCGCGGCGGCAGCAGAGGUCGCGCACAGAUGCGGGUUAGACUGGCGGGGGGAGGAGGCGGAGGAGGGAAGGAAGCUGCAUGCAUGAGACCCACAGACUCUUGCAAGCCGGAUGCCCUCUGUGGAUGAAAGAUGUAUCAUGGAAUGAACCCGAGCAAUGGAGAUGGAUUUCUAGAGCAGCAGCAGCAGCCUCAAUCCCCCCAGAGACUCUUGGCCGUGAUCCUGUGGUUUCAGCUGGCUCUGUGCUUCGGCCCUGCACAGCUCACGGGUGGGUUCGAUGAGCUUCAGGUGUGCGCCGACCCAGGCGUCCCCGAGAAUGGCUUCAGGACGCCCAGCGGAGGGGUUUUCUUUGAAAGCUCUGUCACUCGGUUCCACUGCCAAGACGGAUUCAAGCUGAAGGGCUCUACAAAGAGACUGUGUAUGAAACACCUGAACGGAACCCUCGGCUGGGUCCCAAGUGAUAAGCCCGUCUGUGUGCAGGAAGAUUGCCAUAUCCCACAAAUUGAAGAUGCUGAGAUUCAUAACAAGACAUACAGACAUGGAGACAAGUUAAUAAUCACUUGUCACAAAGGAUUCAAGAUCCGUUACCCUGACAUGUACAAUGUGGUUUUACUGUGUCAUGAUGAUGGAACGUGGGACAAUCUGCCCAUUUGCCAAGGUUGACUGAGACCACUCACCUCUUCUAAUGGCUAUGUGAUCAUCUCUGAGUUCCAGACCUCCUUCCCAGUGGGCACUGUGACCUCCCAUCAAGGCUUCCCUGGAUUCAAACUUGAAGGGUCUGAGGAUCUCAAGUGCUUAUACAGCCUUAUCUGGUCAUCCAGCCUACCCUGGUGCCUUGCUCUGGAAGCCCAAGUCUGCCCCUUCCCUCCAAUGGUGACGAGUGAUUUCAUCUGCCACCCACGGCCUUGUGUGAGCUACAACCAUGGAACCGUGGUGGAGUUUUACUGCAACCCCGGCUACAGCCUCACCAGUGAUUACAUGUACAUCUCCUGCCAGUAUGGGGAGUGGUUUCCUUCCUACCAAGUCUACUGCAUCAAGUCAGAGCAAACAUGGCCCAGCUCCCAUGAGACCCUGCUGACCAUGUGGAAGAUCAUGGCACUCACAGCCACCAGCAUGCUGCUGGUGUUGCUGCUCGUCAUCCUGUCCAGGAAGUUCCAGAUGAAGUUCAAGGCCCACUUUCCCCCCAGGGGGCCUCCCAGGAGUUCCAGCAGCAACCCUGACUUUGUGGUGGUGGGUGGUGUGCCUGUCGUGCUCCCGUCCUAUGAUGAGGCUGGGAGUGGCAGCUUGAGUGCCUUAGGCCCUGGGUACCUGGCCUCCCUGGCAGGCUGCCCCUUACCCAUGGACCACCAGAGCCCCCCAGUGUACCCCAGCUAAGGGGACACAGACACUGGCCCAGGGGAGUUGGAAACCUGUGACAGCAUCUUAGACUCUUUGGAGCUUCUCCAGAGUCUGUCAAAGCCCACAUGUCAAGGGGGCACCCGCCCCACUUCUGACAAUCCUGACAUGGUUCCCAGCAUGGCAGGGGAGGUGGCAUCCACCAGCCUGGGCAUCACCAUCACCGAUGAGAUCCCCCUAAUGGAAGAUGAUCCAUAA